CACAGGGUCCAGAAAAACGCUCAAAAAGAUAAGCAAAUAGGCUGCGAUUUACAGCAGUGGGAGGAGCCAUAGAAGCCUAACUGUGCGUCCUCGUCCGCUCAGUGGGAGGAGCCAACUGGUGGUGCUGAGCUGCAAUAAGAAAACGCGCUGAGCAGAGGGCUGAAAAUGUCUAACUGAAGGAAAAAUAAAUGUAGAGCAAGCCUCGUCUUUACGUGAGAAGAAAACAAUGACCUUAAUGAGAGAACGGUGUUGUGGAUGACUUUCUUACUUCCUCACAAUGGUCUCUUUACCAAUAUUCACUGUCAGACCAUAAAGAAACAGACCCACUUCCAGAGACACACAAACAAAAGGGGCCUGACUCACUUAUGGUGUUGUGGCUGGACUGUCCAGCUCUGUACAAUGAAGAGACCCAAGCAGCAGUCACAGUCCCUUAGUUUUCUCAGCUUCUUCAGCCGAAAGCCCAAAUCUGAGCCCAAGAUUGAAAAGCCCUCUGAGACUUUGAACAAGGAGGAGGUGGCCAUCACUCUCACACCCAAUGAGCAUAAGCAUGUGGAACAAGCUCAAAGUGAAAGAGGUGGCAGUGGAGUGGCUGGAGGAGAUCCCAGGAAAGGUAAAGGAGGUGGAGUGGGAGAUAGUGAGCAAGGUGCAGAGUCUGGCAGCAGGGGCUCAAUGGGAGUACUCUCCUUGUCCUCCUCCAGUCAGGAGCAGCUGCUGGAGCACCUGGUUGAGUGCCCACUCUGCCUCCUGAGUCAACCACAUGGCCACUUCCCCCGUCUGUCAUCCUGCCAUCAUCGUGCAUGCACAGACUGUUUGCGCCAAUACCUACGCAUCGAGAUCUCUGAGAACCGUGUGGGUAUUGCCUGCCCACAGUGCCCUGAAGUGUUGGCGCUGCCUGAUGUCCGUGCCAUCCUUGAUGACGGUACACUGCUGGAGCGGUUUGAAGACUUCCAGCUGCGCCGCUUUCUGGCUGCUGAUCCAGACACUCGCUGGUGUCCUGCACCAGACUGCAGCUAUGCAGUGAUAGCUUAUGGCUGUGCGGAGUGCCCCAAACUAAGCUGUGGUCGUGAAGGUUGUGAUACAGAGUUUUGCUACCACUGCCGCCAGCUGUGGCACCCAGACCAGACCUGUGACCAAGCCAGACGUCAGCGUGCUCGCCACACGGCAGGGGCCAAUGAUGUUUCCACACUCUAUGUGUUCAACGAGGAACCUGGUGAUGCAGAGGAGAUCAAGCCCUGUCCACGCUGUGGUGCCUACAUCAUGAAGACUAAUGAUGGCAGCUGCAACAGAAUGAACUGUACAGUGUGUGCCUGUCAGUUCUGUUGGCUGUGUAUGCAGGAGAUCACGGAUGUGCACUACCUCAGCCCCUCUGGCUGCACUUUCUGGGGAAAGAAGCCAUGGUCACAAACCCGAAAGGUUUUGUGGCAGGUUGGCAUGCUGCUUGGGGCUCCAGUGGUGAUAUCACUCAUAGCGGGCAUUGCAAUACCCGUCAUCAUUGUGGGCAUCCCAAUUUAUAUGGGCCGCAAGGUCCACGGUCGCUGUAAGAAAAACAAUAUCUCAGGAAGUAAGCAUUAUUUGACAGUGGCCAGUGGGGUCAUGAUGUCUGUUUUUGUGUCUCCAGUCAUAGCGGCUAUUACUGUGGGGGUUGGAGUGCCUCUUAUGUUGACAUAUGUCUACGGGGUAGUGCCCAUGUCGUUGUGCCGGAAUGGCUGGUGCAGGCCACAAACCGGAACUCCUGAAAUACGGAAUAUACAGCUUGAAGAUCUGGCCAAUUAUCUUCUAUUUUCUCAUGUAGUCAGUGACCAUUGGACUGGCCAGCCCAAUCCAUCUUUAACUGAUGGAAGCGUACAGGAAGAGAGUGUCAGUGUGGAGGAAGUGAUACCGCUUCCCGGCACCAGUGUGGUCCAGUCAGGAGCAGAGGGCUCCACUGAACCGCCAAUGGAUAGACAUAUUGACAGCACUGAGCAGGAUGUCCAGUCAGAUGAAGUGGAUGUAGUUGAGGAGUGUGCCUUCAGUAGCACACAAACAUUUGCUCUGAGAGAAGGGGUCAAUAUUGAGGUUCGUGUGGAGAUCGAGGCCCAACCACCUGGAGGCCGGAAGCCGAGUCUCAGCAGUAUUCUGUCUAGUAAGAGUCUGUCCUCAGAAUCACUCAGCCAUCCCUGUGAACCUCUGUGUGCCUCUCAGCAGACAGGGAGCACAGCUCCUGAGAUUGACAGCAUCUGAACGACUCCUCGGAAACAACUGCUUCCACCACACACCAAUACUCUCAACAGGUGCUUCCAGCCUCUGCCUGCUAACGUGGAGAGUCAGCUUCAUGGAAACCAACAGAGAGAGAGAGUGUGUGUGUGUGAGCGAAAAUAAAGACAGAAAGACAAACAAAAAAAGGGAGAUGAAAGUCCAGGGCAGCUGCCAAAAUACUAUAAAGGGGAUUAAAGACAACAAUAUAAACUGAAAUGAUCAAGCGCAUGUUUGUCAGCAAGUUUAAGGAGUGCUAACCCCAACUUUUUUACUGCGUUCUAUUGAAAACAAUGCCAAUCUGGAUGCUGAUCUGAUUAAUUUAUUUGAUAAGCUCUUCUCUAGCUCUUCUUAGUUAAACUCUUUUAUCUAAUGACCAUACGGUUUAUGUCCUCUGACUGAUCCCAAGAAAAAAAGCGGAUUAAAAGCAUGGAUUGUUCUGCAAGGAUUGGUAGCCUGAUGUGACGUGACUACCAACAUGGUGAAAUGCAAUACCUCUUUGUCUGAAGAUUAGUUUGCUGCAGGUUAAUGCUUACAGAAAAUUGGUAAUGGGCUUUUCCCUCAUGGUAUUCAUUAAUUUGAAUUCUGUAAUGUUUUACAUAACAUGGGUUGCUGUCACAUUUCAUGAAGGAGCGGCGAGAUCUGUGGGAUUGAGAUUUAGUCCCAAUUCUCAUUCUGUUGCUAUUAUAUCCUGAGAAUGAUAAACUUAGGUCAAAGUUUGUGAUCUUUGGGGAAAGUUAACAUAAUAAAGACUGUGAUUUUGA